GGUUCAAUGCUUCAGGACCUCUGUCCACGAGGAUUGCAUGGAAUCUUUGAGCGUUUCCGUGGUAUUCUUCAUGAAGGAGAAAUAGAUAAACGAGUUCAGUUCUUAAUUGAAAGCCUCUUUGCAUUGCGAAAAGCAAAGUUUCAGGGUUACCCAGCUGUGCGUCCAGAACUUGACCUUGUUGAGCAGGAAGAUCAAUUAACACAUGAAGUCUCUCUCUCAGAUACAAUAGAUCCAGAAAUUACUUUAGAUAUUUUCAAGCCGGAUCCUAAUUUCUUAGAAAACGAAAGGAAGUAUGAAGAAUUAAAGAAGGCAAUACUUGGUGAAGAAUCUGAGGAAGAAGGAGAGUCUGAUGCAGAAUCAGAGGAUGAAGAUGAAGAUGAUGAGUCUGACGAAGAGGAUGAGGAGCAAAUGAAAAUAAAGGACGAGACAGAGACAAACUUAAUCAACCUCCGGAGAACGAUCUACCUGACGAUUAUGUCUAGUGUUGACUUCGAAGAAGCAGGGCAUAAGCUGUUGAAAAUCAAACUAGAGCCUGGUCAGGAGAUGGAGUUGUGCAUCAUGUUAUUGGAGUGCUGCAGUCAGGAGAGGACUUAUCUUCGUUACUAUGGACUACUGGGGCAGCGUUUUUGUAUGAUCAACAGAAUUCAUCAGGAGAACUUUGAAAAAUGUUUUGUGCAGCAGUACUCCAUGAUCCACCGGCUUGAAACUAAUAAACUGCGUAACGUAGCCAAGUUUUUUGCUCAUUUGCUUGGCACUGAUGCUCUGCCUUGGCAUGUUUUGGCUUAUAUACGGCUGACAGAGGAGGACACAACAUCUUCUUCUCGUAUAUUUAUCAAGAUUCUAUUCCAGGAGUUGUCAGAGCACCUAGGCAUCCGCUUGUUGAACGAGCGUCUUAACGACCCCAACAUGCAGGACUCCUUCGACUCUAUUUUCCCGAAGGAUAAUCCCAAGAAUACAAGGUUUGCUAUCAACUUUUUCACUUCCAUUGGUCUGGGUGGAAUUACGGAAAAUCUGCGAGAGUAUCUCAAGAACAUGCCAAGGCUUAUCAUGCAACAACAGAAGCCU